GAAAGCUUGAAGCUCGAUCUAAUAAGGAAGUAAUUACUUACCGUUAACCACUGUAGGAAAAAAGCUCCAAAAAGGAACAAGUGUAAUGACCCUUCAUGAAGAUGGCGAAGAAGAAGCAAAGAUUUCAGCUCAUCCUCAUGGGAGAGGAGUGGACAGGAAAGAGCUCAGCUGGAAACACCAUGCUGGGCCAAACUGUAUUUAAAGUUGAUAGUGAUACAGAGCAUGUAAUUCAGUGCUCCGGGGUCAUUGAGGGUAAACAUGUGUCCGUGGUAGACACUCCUGGAUGGGAUCCAAGAUGUUCUCCAGAUGUACCACUCAAAAUGCUGAAGAAAGGACUCAGCUCUGCAUCGUUGAUGUGUCAAGGGUUCCACGUCCUGCUUCUGACGAUCCCCAUUUCCCAAAACCUAAAGUGGAACCAGAAAGUUGCACAAAGGCUUUCGAAUGCGCUCAGACUCUUUAACGAUGAUAUCUGGAAACACACCAUGCUUCUAUUCACCAGAGCUGACCUUCUGCAUUCCACAGGAUUGGAGGAAUACCUGAAAGGUAGCGGGCGGCCCUUCCAGAGCUUGGUGGAAAAGUGUGAACGCAGGCACCGUGUGCUCAACAACCACAAAGGGAAUGAUCACAAGCAAGUCAGGGAGCUGCUGGAAAAGAUUGAGCAGAUGGUCCAAGAAAAUAAUGGUCAAUCAUUGCAACUGGUCACGAGUGAACAGGAAGUGGGCACAUUGAGACAAAACAGGCAGUUGGUGGAAAGAUGCUCCAAGUUGGAGGAACACAUAGGGAGGGAAAGCUGCUUCAGGUUAGAAGAAUACAUGUUUAAAUCAUUGAGUCCAGAAGAAAAUGACCCACCAAAUCCUACUGAGCAAAAUGAGCUUCCAGAAGAAAACAGCACAUGCAUUCUGCAAUCAAAAAGUGAGAUGUCACAUCCAGAUGACGUGCAAGAUGCUGCGUUCGAAUACAACCACAUCCAAGAUGAAGAUACUGAAUCUACAUCUGAUCUUUGCUCAGAGAGCCCUGCUGAAAUAAACAGAGAUCUGGGUAUGAGCAGUGAUGAUGAUGGUGAUACAGAAACGAGCGAUGUAGAUCAGACUGAAAAGAAUACCUGUACAGAGGUAGAGGAAACAGGCGUGGAUCGAAUUCCCGGAGAUGAAGAAAAGAGCAAAAAACACUUACAGCAUUCAACAUUACAAAAGAACACUCCUCGAACCUGGGACAACUCAUGGGACUUGAGCAUUACCUGUUACUUUUAUAGCGAUGUCUCCAAUCAUCAACAAAAUGUUGUGAUGACUUGUGUUCUUCAGGUUUCUGUCUGCUGGAGAAAAAUGAAACCAUCAUAUCAGACGGACUGGAUCUCUUUCACAGUGUGUGGUGAUAACUGGCUAUUUAUCAUGGUUCUGUGCCUGUUUGUGAGAUAUUUAUGUCUGAUAAAUAAAACCUCUGAAAUAUCCAAAGAAACAAGCAAUCAGACCAUGAAUACAUUGGUCUCUGGCUCUGGUUUGAGCAAAGAAAACCAGGCAGCUUUUGACCCACUGCUGUGGCACAAUGGCAACAACAGGCCUCAGAGUUUGGAUGGAGAGAUAACCCAAUGCAUUAAAAUGAAGGAUGCUGAUGAAGAUGAAGAGCUAUCCCAAUACAUUCACAAAGGUGAAGAUGAUGAUGAUGAAGAUGAUGAAGAGCAAUCUCAACAAAUCAUAGGCGCUAAUGAAGAGAUACCCCAUCAGAGCAAGAGGGGUGAUAACGAGAUACCCCAACAUGACUGUAACGAGUUUGGUGAAAAUAUACUCCAACAAAGAAAGAGUGUUGAUGAUGACCACGCACUCAUACUCACCUCACUCCAACGUAGCAUAAAUGAGGAUGAGAAACAGAUACUCCAAAAUAACGGAAGAGAUUAUGAAGAGACAGACCAACAGAGCAACAUAGAUGAAGGUGAAGAGAUACUCAAACUUAACAGAAUGGAUGAUGACAUAUCCCGAAUCAGCAAUAGGCGUGGGAGUGUGAAAAAGACACGCCGAAAGACCAAGACAGUGGAAUAUGAGAAGACACACAAAUACAGCACGAGGGGACAUAAGGAGAAAAUGCCGCAACAUCACAGGAAAGGGAAUCAUAAAGAGAUACCCCAACAGAGCAAGAGACAUAAAGAUGAAGAGAUAUCCAAAGACACCAUCGAGGAUAUGGAAGAGAUACCCCAGAACAACAGAAGGGGUGACAAGAAAGAGAUACCCCAGUGUAACACAAGAGAUGAUGAGCAAGAGAUACCUCAAAACAACACAAGAGGUGACAAGAAAGAGAUACCUCAAAAUAAGACAAGAGGUGACCAGAAAGGGAUACCUCAAAAUAAGACAAGAGGUGACCAGAAAGAGAUACCUCAAAAUAAGACAAGAGGUGACAAGAAAGAGAUACCUCAAAACAACACAAGAGGUGACCAGAAAGGGAUACCUCAAAAUAAGACAAGAGGUGACAAGAAAGAGAUACCUCAAAAUAAGACAAGAGGUGACAAGAAAGAGAUACCUCAAAAUAACAGAAGAGGUGACAAGAAAGAGAUACCUCAAAAUAAGACAAGAGGUGAAAAAGAGAUAUCUCAAGAUAACAGAAGAGGUGACAAGAAGGAGAUACCUCAAAAUAACAGAAGAGCUUAUGAGGAAGAGAUACCCCAAAAUAACAGAAGAGGUGACAAGAAAGAGAUACCCCAAAAUAACAGAAGAGGUGACAAGAAAGAGAUACCUCAAAAUAACAGAAGAGGUGACAAGAAAGAGAUACCUCAAAAUAACAGAAGAGGUGACAAGAAAGAGAUACCGACAAGAGGUGAAAAAGAGAUACUUCAAGUUAAUAGAAGACAUUAUGAGGAAGAGAUACCCCAGUGUAACAGGGACAGGGAUAAUGAAGAGAUACCCAAGCACAGCAGGAGAACAGACAAUGAAGAGAUACACUGUCACAAAAGAAAGGGGGACGACGGAGACACAUACCAACAUUUGAAGAGUGCUUGUGAUCAUGAGAAGAUACCUAGAUACAACAGCAGUGGACUAGAUGAUGAGAUACCACCAUACAUCAAGAGGGAGGAUGGGAAAGAGCUACCCCAGCAACGCAGGAAGAGAGACAAUGACGAGAUACCACAAUAUAGCAGGAAGGGGAAUGAGAAAGAGAUACCCCAACACACCAGUGUGGGGGAUGAUGAAGAGAUUAAAGAGACACCUGAGCAACAAGUUGAAGGAAUAGUUAAAAUAAGGAGCGCUAAUAAAAAAAUACACCACAAGUGGCACAGAGACCAACAGACCAAAGACCUCAAUAACUUUGCAGGCACUAAGGAUGAAGAGAAGAACACAAACCGUAUACACCAAGUGGAGAGACGUCAGCAGUCUCCUGAGGCAAGAGCAGCGUCUUCGUCCAAACUAAAUCAUAAAGGGCUCAGAGAAGCUGAACAGACAUUGGCUAUGAGACGAGUGGAAUCUGGGGGAACCAGAAAACUCGUGAGAAGCCAGAGUAUGGAUUUUCUCUAUCUAAGAUAUGCUGGAGCAGAGGACACAAGACAACAUGGAGGUAUGAGGAAAAUGAAGAGAACCAAGAGUCUGGAACGAUUUAUUGUGUUUAACAUGAAAGAAGAGAAGACAGCUGUGAACAAAGCUUUACCGAAAUCAUAAAGAGAAUCAAAAGGGCCGGAAACGAACCAAAAUCUCUGCCAUUUUCUGCCUGAAUUGCUGCCUGCUUAGUUUUCUUUUACUGUUUUGCUCACGACAUUACUGCCUUAUAACUAUUGUGUAGUGUGUCUUUUUUGUUUAUGCUUAGUGCUUCUUGAUGCAGGUUUGAAAGCAUGAAAGUCUGGCCUUUAAAGAAAGAAACCUUUAAAGGACAGAUAUAAAGCCCUCAAAUGAGGCUGAAUUAAAGCAAUUCCGCAGGUCAGAUUUCCUUCACAGUGAUGUGAAAGACUGAUCUCCAGUUAUCGGAUGCGCUCGGUUAGAGUUUUUGCUGCUAAAGGUGGCAAAACCAGUUAUAAAGUUUAGGGGGCAAUUACUUUUUCACAUAUAUCAUUAUACAGGUGUUGCUUUUUCAAUAAAUGAAAUGAUCAAUUAAA